AUGCCCACCUUUUCCAAAACUAUUAGUGUCAUUAACGUGAUCCUCCUCGUCCUCGAAGUCAUGGGUAUCCUGCCGCUGUCCCGGAAUCCAAAGCUUGACGAAAAAUUUGACGAAGAACUGGUCGAAAAACUUACGCAUUUGCAAGCAUCGUUAGAGGACAUUAUCAGCUUCCUCAAACCGCUGGAAGGCAUCACACAGAGAGGUGUGUCAGCCCAGGGAACACAACAAAAUCCUCCACAAGAGACCCCCCAAAUCACUGCGAACAUGACUACGAAAAAUGCAUCUUCCCAGAAUUAG